GCAAGUGGCCUGGAGUGCUUGCCAACGGCAAGAUCUACUUGGUGGGCAACAUGGGCGAGUACGACUACCGCAGCUACAUCCGCAAGACGGUCAUCCAGGGCAAGCAGAUCCGCUACGCCUGCAACAAGAGCUACAAAGUGAAGAAUGGACCCCCUGGCGCCACCUGCGUCCAUGGCGAGUGGAGGCCACGAAAGAUGCCCGUCUGCGAACCAGAGGCGAGUUUGCUGGAGAUAGAAGACAACGAGUCGACGUUGGGCGAUGCGGACGGCCUGAGAAAGUGUGAUCACCCGGGAAACCCCGUCCAUGGAGAACUAGUGCAAAAACCGGGCGUUGACAAGUACCACUACCUGGUAGGAGACAUACUGGAAUUCCGUUGCAACGAGGGGUAUCGCCUUAUUGGUAAAUCUCACAUCAAGUGCAAGAAUAAUGGACAGUGGUCACGGGAAGUGCCGAGAUGCGAGGGGAUGGGCCGCUAUCGAACGUAAUCUAUAUUGUAACCCGGCAAAUGGGCCGUUAAUGAGUAUAAUCUAUAUUAUUAUUAUUAUUAUUAUUAUUAUUGGCAGGCGGAUACAGAGCGUCGAGUCUUAAUUGGUUUGACUUUGUUUGUCUCAAAACACGUUAUACGCAAUUUCCUUUUUAAUUUAUAUUUCUCUCUCUCUUAAUCUUUUACUGCAUGUCUGUCGUCUGUCACGUUUAGCGCU